UGAUCUGUGACGUGUUUCCGGGAGCUGCGUUUCUUCUUCCGGCACACGUAAACAUGGCGCCCCCCAUCCCGCUACUCGCAGUGCGUGGCUCUGAUGGGACGUCUCUUCUCUCUGGUCCUCCAACAUGUGAGCAGCACUCGUCCUUCCAGAGGGACGCUCGGCCCAGCAGGUGUGUCUCCUUCAGCAGAGACGGGACUCUGUUCAGCUGGUGCAACGGACAGAAUGUCUCUGUGGUGAAUUCCUCAGACGGUUCAGUCGUCUCUACCUUUGACCUUCCAAAGACGUCUCUGCUGCAGAUUUCUCCUCUCAACAACAUCCUGGCCACCUGGCAACCGUACAGCAAGGCUCAGGACAGUCCUCAGGGUGAAGCCAACCUGCAGCUGUGGGACGUUCAGAGCGGUCAGCUGAUCAAAGCUCUGUACCAGAAGAAGGUGGAGUCAUGGUGUCCCAGCUGGUCUGAUGACGAGAAGAUCUCAGUGAGGAGCGUCAACAACGAGCUGCAGUUCUACGAGAACAACGACUUCAAAACCAUCUCCAAUAAGCUUCACAUGCAGAAGGUUUCGGACUUCGUUUUGUCUCCUGGAGAAGCGCCUAGUAAGGUCUGCGUCUACGUUCCAGGCAGUAAAGGAGCGCCGUCGUUCGUGCGUCUGUACCAGUACCCAGUGCUGGGCGGGCCCACCGCUGCACUCGCCAACAAGAGCUUCUUCCAGGCCGACAGAGUCACCAUGCAGUGGAACAAGAGAGCCUCGGCCGUGUUGGUUACAGCGAGCUCUGAAGUGGAUAAGAGCGGAGCGUCGUAUUAUGGGACUCAGACGCUUCACUACCUGGCGGCCAGCGGAGAAACAUCUCAGGUCCCUUUGGCGAAGAACGGUCCGAUCUACGAUGUCGCAUGGAGUCCGGGCUCCACAGAGUUCUGCGUGGUGUACGGCUUCAUGCCGGCCAAGGCCACGGUCUAUAGCCUCAAGUGUGACCCGCUAUUCGAUUUUGGGACCGGCCCCCGCAACGCCGCCUACUACAGUCCUCAGGGGAACAUCCUGGUCCUCGCUGGCUUCGGGAACCUGCGAGGACAGAUGGAGGUCUGGGACGUGAAGAAAUACAAACAGGUGUCCAAGCCUCAGGCACCGGACGCCACCCACUUCUCCUGGUGUCCGGACGGCGAGCAUGUUGUCACAGCGACAUGCUCGCCGCGGCUGCGGGUCAGUAAUGGCUUUAAGAUCUGGCACUACACAGGCUCCGUGCUGCUACAGCGGGAUGCGGUGGAGGGGGCGGAGCUCUGGGAGGUCCGCUGGCAGCCGUUCCCCGACGGAAGCUUCCCCGAACGGCCCGUCAGGUACCAGACAGCGCCCAGCGGGCUGGGCAGCACGCAGGCCCCACCCACAACCGCCUACCGCCCCCCCGCACUCAGACACCUGCCUGCCACACCCAGCGCCAAACUGCAUGAGGAGGAGCCUCCUCAGAACCUGCGUCCUGCAGCAGAGAAGUCUUUGUCCAAGUCGGCUCUGAAGAACCAGAAGAAGAGAGAAGCCAAGAAAGCCAAACAGCAGGAGGCCAAACCUGAACCUCCCUCUGACCCCGCCCCCGUCAGCGACAGCCAAUCAGAGCCGAGCAGUGGCGACCCGGAGACCGACAAGAAGAUCAAAAACCUGAAGAAGAAGUUGAAGGCGAUUGAGGAGCUGAAGGAUCAGCAGGCGGCGGGGAAAGUUCUGCAGAAGAACCAGCUAGAGAAAGUUCAGAAGGAGGAGCAGCUGCUGAAGGAGCUGCAGGAGAUCACACUGUAGACACGCACACGCUGCCUCAGUUCAUUCAAGCUGUGUGUUCAGAGGGAUUCUGGGAAAUGUGUUUAUGUAAAAUAAAUGAAAUAAAAAUAACUCUUAAAAAC